CCAACCAUCUCGUCUUCUGUUGUCCCCUUCUCCUUGUGCCCUCCAUCUUCCCCAACAUCAGGGUCUUUUCCAAGGAGUCUUCUCUUCUCAUGAUGUGGCCAAAGUACUGGAGUCUCAGUUUCAGGAUCUGUCCUUCCAGUGAGCACUCAGGGCUGAUCUCCUUCGGAAUGGAGAGGUUUGAUCUUCUUGCAGUCCAUGGGACUCUCAAGAGUCUCCUCCAGCACCAUAAUUCAAAAGCAUCAAUUCUUUGGCAAUCAGCCUUCUUUAUGGUCCAGCUCUCAUUUCCAUACAUUACUACUAGGAAAACCAUAGCCUUAACUACACGACAUCUUAGCCUGUUGUUAAUCAAGCAUCUCUUUUGGCACAAGGAAAGUUUUUGUAGACUAGGUUGUGGAAGGCUAACAUAGGCCUUUCUUUCCACCAUGUUAAGGUGUAGGGUGGUCCAUUGUGGACCCCAACUUCUUCAUUUGCUCCCUCUUGUCCUCACUUCCUCAAGACAGCCUCAAGACCCCUUCCCAACUGACCCAGUCACCGCAGCUGCCUUGGUUGCUAGGCAACCAGAGCAUCUCUCGUCCCAUCAACGAGCAACUUCCCCCUCCUCUCGUCCUAUCGAUUCAGGCUUUCCCUAGCCCCAUCUCCCUGUUGCUAAGCAACCAGGGCCCUAGCCCCCUAUUGGCCGAGGCGCUUCUUUCUUCCCCGCCAUAUCAAGGCAAAGGCAAGCACGUGCCCCAAACACGCGCAGAAACAGACCCUCUACGGCCACGCCCCUCCAUCAGAGCCUGGCCCAAUCGCCACACACUGAAGGGCGGGGCUUUGGGGGACGUGAUUGACAGCCGCUGAUGUUCGGCGGCACCGCGAGUGGUUCCCGUUAGGUGGGCGGUGAGGAGAGCUGAGAGAAAGCGGCGGAGGGCAGCGGAGCUGAGGAGGGGGAUGAAGGAAAGGGUGCAGGAGCUCAGACCAAUCGCGACGCGUCAGUGGGAGGAGUGGGCGGGGCAGCGAGCGCGAAUGAGUCCCGGCCUCCUCCUCCUUUCCCAGCCGGCCUGGUCGAUUCACUUCCAGCCGAAGAGGGAUCCUUCCGCCUUUGGAAUCACACACACUCACCACACAUAACGGCGGCGAAGGAGGCGGCGGCGGCAGCAGCAGCACUAGCGGCAGCAGCAGCAGCAGCACCGUGUGUGCCUCCGCCUAUUGCCUACCGCGGGGGUUUCUUUUGUCGUGCUAGUGGCCGUUGGAACCGGAGAGGCGGGAGAGGAAACGGCACGGCGGCCGGGCGAAGCGGGUGGAUUGGCCGCCGGGGGGGAGGAGGAGGAGGCGGCGGCGGCUGACGGGAAAACAAGGGAAGAAGGGAGGAGGGCGGGUGAGCAGCGACGGCGGCGGGCUUUUCUCCUCCGCCCUGCCGGAGAGGGGGAUGGAGAGAGCCGGGCUGAGGCGGAGGGAGGGAGCCGCCCCGUGAGGGGGAAAGGAGGAGGGUGGGAAAUCAAGAGGAGGCCUCCACUCCUCAUCCGCCAAAUAGCGGGCCUAGGCCCUCCCUCAGCUCCCUCCCUCCCCCUUGCCCCCCCCAUUUAGCCUCGGUUUCUGAGGAGGGGGGAGAUUAACACGUGAGGCCCACCCGGUUCCCUACCCCUUCUUUUCAUGCCGGGGGGGUACCUCAGCCCCUCGCCCGCCGCCCUCCUCCGCCCUUCCCCCAGCCUCGACCAUCAUCAGCCCGUUGAGGAGGACCCUCGCCCCUCCCCCACCUGAUCAGGGCCCCAUUUGGCCCUCCGAUCGAGGCCUUCUCCUGGGGUCCUCACUGUUCUCUCCUCUCCCUCUCCCUCUCCCCCAUUGGGGUGCUCUGAUUUCGUGCUUGGCCCCAUCUCUGAGGGUCCUCUACUUUUAUCCGCUUUUGCAGCCUUGCAGAAGCUGCUCUGCCUCUGCCUCCCUCUCUCCCUCCCUUUUCAGGUCCUACACCCUUCAUUAAUUUGGUCUCUGCACUUUUACCCUUAUUAGCAACCAGAUCCUCAGUCCUAGUUUCUUUUUCUUUUUGGGGGUGGUGGGUGGGGGUGUUCUGUCUACCUUUCCCUUCAGUGUUGAUAUCCGUGCUGCCUCCUUUUACAAACCAACAACCAAACCCUCUUUCAGGCUAGGCCCUAUUAGCCAAGUCUCUAUCUGGGUCUGGUCUUUAAAAAAAUCUCCCCUCCUGUGCAACACGUCUCUGGCCACCCUCUGCCCUGGGGGGUUCUGCUGCCUCUGGUGGCAGUAGCUAGCAGCAUGGUAGAGAAGCGGUGUCCACGACUGCAGAGAGAGAGCGUGUACCGCUGGUUUUCUGAGCUGCCUUCUCCUCAACGGGUGGAGUUCCUUUGUGGCCUGCUGGACUUGUGCAUCCCACUUGAGUUACGUUUCCUGGGAGCCUGCCUAGAGGACCUGGCCCGCAAAGACUAUCACUCACUGCGGGAUUCCGAAAUCAAGGCCAAUAACCCGGCUGAUCUGGGCAGCCUCACCAACCUGACGGAUGAGGUGGUGCGCAGCAAGCUCUUGGUCUCACUUGCACUCCUGGGCUCAUCCCACCGGGAAGCAGCUGGCGUCCUCUUCCGCACCCUCACCCAUAUUGACUCUGUCAUCAACAACUAUGGACUGCAGCUCAAUGAGGGUCGGACUGGGGAUGAGUUUUUGCUGCUCUUCACCAUGGCCUCCAACCACCCUGCCUUCAGUUUCCACCAAAAGCAGGUGCUGAGGCAAGAGCUCACCAAGAUCCAAAACAUCAUUGCCAGUACUAGCAAGAGUCCCAGCACUCCCACAGCUAGCAACAUGGGAACUUGUCCUGGUUGCCACAAGGUGUGUAUUACAUCCAGGGACUUCUCUUCCAGGGACUGUAGAGGUGGCAGGGGCAGUAUUCUUUCCUUUUGGGGAGGAGGGUGUCUGCCUAUUAGGAUAUAGCUGAGAAAGAGUGUCUUGCAGCUAUGGUUUAUGGUGGCUGUUGGCUAGUUUCAACAAUGGGCCAGAAAGGUCACUUUUCUCCCUAUCCACUUCUUCUCAUCAGUAGAGUGUCAAACUCCAUUCUCUUAUGUGCAUUCACACUCUCAUCUCUUAGGAUGCUCUUUCAUCAAUAGUUGGUGUUCUUUUUUAAACUCUAGUAAGAUAGUCCCAUGCCUAAUGGUCAGAAGCUGCUCAGAUGUGGGUCCUAAGUAAAACAAUAGCCAUUCUGUGAAGUGUAUAGCUGUUUUGCACUGGCCAUUCUUUAGAUAGACCAAGAGAAUAGCUUCCUGCUGUUUUACUCUGGAAAGGUAGAGACCUAAGUAUUUGCUUUUUCAGAUGGAGUUAUUAAAUGGUCCUGCUAAAGGAACUUGAGACCAAAAGGCAUUUGAGGAGCAAAUGGGGUCUGGAAUUUGUUUUAAUUGCAAGUAUCUGUCCAGUAAUACUCAAAAUUUCAUAUUGUCUCCAUUUAGCUGUAAAAGCGAUUAAAGCCCUUAGCAAAAUUGGAUGAUAAUUGUGCUUGAAAUUGUUUAUUUAAUGAUUUAAGAUAGCUGAGUGAAUUCUAUGUGAUUUGGAGCUACAGGUUAAAGUUACUUCCUGCAGGCAUCCUUUAUUAGUGUGCUGGUUUUGUCACUGUUAUUUUGACACUUUCACAUGUGUCUUUUGUGUAGCAUCAGUAAGGAGAGAUGAGGCAUGAAUGGUUUUACAUUCCAAGUAAGGUGCUGAUAGAGUGGUAUAAUAUAAAAGAGUUUUGAGACUUUUCAGAAGUGGUCGAAGGCAAGCUUUGCUUUUGUUACUGUGGCUUUGUAAUGUAAACUUGACAGGUCAACAUAUGUUAAAAGUGAAGCUUUUUUAGAACUUUCACUGUGAAAAAACUGUUCUGGUUCAGGGGUUCUGACACAAACUGGUCCAUUGUGAGACUGAUAGGUCUGUGAAUGGAAGCAUCUAUCUGAUAGCUAAUAUUUACUUUGCUAGAACAUUGCUUUCCGUGUGUGUUUAAGAGAGAGAGACCUGCUUGUUGGUUGGUAUAUAAAAACAGUGAAAUGUGUUGUUUUGUGAAUUUUGAUAGUUCCAAGUCUCCGAAUAUUUAAGAAACAUAAACUCUAUUCUUUGUUUCAAAGAAUAAAACUUCAUUUAUUGGAAUAAACUGACAUUUUUAGACCAGCUACAGGUAGCGCUCUCUCUCUCUACACACAGACACACACACACACACACACACACACAGAGAGAGAGAGAGAGCGCGCGCGCUAUUGGAUUCAAUCUGUAGCUAGACAAGCAACAGACAACAUUCUCUGGCAGUCCCUGUUAAAUGACCUAUACAAAUUCCAAGUACUAUUAGAUGUGAGGCUUCUUUACACACUUGUAAAGUCCAAUACUCUUAAAUGUCAGAAAACCACCACAAUACAUUUGUAUGAAAAUCUUUACCACAGAGAAGAAAAAGUACAAGCCUAGCUUGAAACACUACGCAGUAGGAUGUAAGAUGUAUUUUCUAUCAUAGUUGGGACUCAUGGAAGUGGCCAGAAGGUGUGCUGUGGGCUUUGAAAGGGGAAUCCCUGAACUUGGAAUCCCUUGGGUGGAGAAUCCAAAAAAAGAGCUUCCUUUUGGCAUCCUGUGGGCUUUGUGGUAUAAAUCAGAAAAUAUAGCAUCUUUGCUCAAUGUUUAUUUAACUCAUGACUGUAUCAAAAACACGAUAGCAUACUAUAGUAACAAAUGCAACAGUACCAUAAAAAUUAAUUAAUGUUAAGCAAGUAUAGUGCCUUAGAUUCUUGGUACUCAUGUCCAGCUCAAUGAAUGCCUUCUCAGACACAUCUUAAAAUCACAAAAAGGUAUUAAAAAGGAAUGUUUUCCUGUUCUGAAUAUAGUUCAUCAUUAAAUAUCCAUAUAAUGGUGCUUUAGUCCAACAACAUCUCUAUGGCCCUAGAUUUCCCAUCCAAGCCUUAGUCUGACCAACUUUUUUUAAGACAUGUUAUGCAACAAAUUUCCCUAUUAACUACUGAAGUAAAGAGUACUUUUUCUUCAUAUUUUCUGUGAACUUUGACAGUGGUCACUAACAGGAAAACUAGUGGUGAAAAGUGUAUGCUACUCUAAAGUAGGCUUGUAUGAAUGUCAUAUUUUCAAUGCUUAUUCAGAUGCUUUGAUUCUACAAAUAAUUUACUUAUUAAAAUAUUAUAUCAACAGCAAUAAUUAACCCUACAGCGAUCAAUAAUCCUGAGAUUGUUAAAAGGGGAAAAGAGAACUAUCUGUAUAAUGAUAUAAAACAGUUCUUUCUAGAAUGUUGCCUUGGAGCCACCUAAUCAUUCUUGGUGCCAGGAACAUGCUGCAUGCUAAGGAUAGACAUGUUCCUCCUUCUCUUGCACAUACUUACUUUCCCUUCCAUGGCUUCCUUUAAAUGUGAUCCCUGACCCCCUUUAACCAGGAUUUGCAGACCAUUUUUAAUUCCUAGUUAGUAUUAAUCUUAGUUAAUAUUGAGGCUGGCAUAAUGCUACAUCAUGUUUAAAACAAACCAUGAAAUGUGGGAUUUGCACAGGAGAAGGAGGGAAGGAAAGAGCUUGAUGCUGAUCUAAUCAUAGGUAAGAGUUGGGACUGAUCCAUUUUAAAAAGAAAAUGUGGCAAGAAAACAGGUAACAAAAACUUAACAUAAGAAGAGCUAGAAAGGUAUUCUGGAGAAGAAUGUUCUACAGGCUGGCUGCUGCUAUAGAAAAUAUACCCUCAUGUGUACCUUCUCUCCAGCAAGUGGAGGUUUAACAGAAGCAACAUCUGUAAAAGAGAUAUUUGGGGUACCAUUCUCUUUGCUUGUUAGCUUCUUUUACUUGAUGAUACUUGUUGUACAUUCUCCUUGAAACCUAACACAACAAUAAGAUAUUCUUAGGCUGCAGUUGUAACCCCACCUACCUGGUAGUAAGCCCCAUUGAAUUCAGUUAGUGCUUAUUUCUUAGUAAACAAAGUUUGGAUUGUGCUAUUAGUCUUGACUUUAUUUGUUGCCUCCAUUCAUCCAGUUGUUUGCUUCCUUGAGAGCAAAGUUUAUCUUUACCCACUUUUCUUGUAAAAAAACAACCAAAGUUCCUGUUGUUUAUCAGGAUGCUAAUGGAUAGCCAGUUCUGCGAUGAAUGCUAUUUCUUGCCUUCAGUUUGCAGUUGUAGUGUCUUAACAGUUUUUAUACAGAGUUGAUGCCUGGAUUACUUAAAACAAUUGCAUUUAGGCUAACUCUAUUAGAGUGUGGGGGUGUACUUUAGAAAUAACAAAUACUGGUCUUCAACACCUUUUUAUGACAGUAAUACUGGGUGGGCAAGUGCUGCUUUGGUGCACAUGGUUCUGUGUCUCAGGGAUGAUGAAAGACAUAGAGAUGGACAGAGUAUGAUGCUGUUUAAAAAGCAGGUGGAGGAUAUUAGGAGACCAUUAACACUGGAAGAAAGUGUAACUGGAUGAGGAGCAGUAACUUAUUGGGAUCCUGCUGGGGCCACAUUUCAGAAAUAGGCGAGUAGGCAAGCUAGGGGUCUUAGCAUGGACUAGCUGGCUCCAGUGUGAGUUGUGUGCAAAUGUCCUGUUGUGUCUAGAAGGUGGGAGGACAGUGAUUGGUAAGGCAGUGUAUAUAAUGGUUUAUGUUCCAACAGUUGCAUUCUGUAACUUUAAGAAAGGGAAGGGCCUCAGAAAACACAGCUGAUUUUGUAAACAAUUGUUCUACUGCAUUUCUUCCUUCUGAGGAGUAUCAACAAUAUGUUGCAUUAGAGGAAAAAGUUACAGUUGUAUUAAGCCCCAGCUACAAUAACAUUGGUAGCCAUAAGUGCUGCAUUUGGAAAUGAUUGGGGCCUUUUGUUCGUAUGUGUAUUUUAUGAAAGUGAGUCAUCAUAUUAGGUGAACUUGUGUUGGUUGUGAAAUGAGAGUCAGGCUUAUAUCCAGAAAAUGAAAUCUUGGGGAAGUUAGGUACCCUUUUGCAACUAGGAUAAACAGUAGUAACAAACUGAUGCAAGCUAGGCUUCAACAAACAAGAGUCUUCAGGUUGUUCACAUGGUGUUGGUUCAUGUGCAAAGCCAAACCUUGAACUGAAUCCUAAUUUGGAAACCUCAUAGUGUAAUACCCUUUGGAUCCUCAUCAUGGGUAUGAUAACAUACCAUAAAUACAAAGGAACUUGUAAAUAGGAAAGUUGCUUUCAGUUAAAUAACCAUGGGGCUAUUAGAAGAUUCUGACUUGGAGAAAUAAAACUGACUAGUUUGUUUCUUGUGGUUUUCUUCCUUCCCAGGUCACUCCAAGAUCUGAGACCCCCAUAAACAACAUCGGUAACAGUUUAGAAAAUGCACUACAUACAUCAGCACAUUCCAUUGAGGAGUCAUUACCCAAGAGGCCUUCAGGGAAACACUCCAAAGGUGCAUCUACGGGUUUUGCAUGAUAUUUCUGUAUAAUACUCCUAUUUUUGAAGAAAAAGAUAUAUUUCUGCUUUAAAAUAUUUUAAGAAUUGACUCUAGAUGAUAAAGUGUGUUUGGUGUUUCUCGUUCAGCGCUGAAUUAAUAUCAGUUUAUAGAUAAAUUGAUGCACAUAAAUUAUGCCUGUUUAUAAAUUAGUAUUUAAUGCUCAUGUGCGUUGUAGGGGGUUGGACUAGAUGACUACUGUGAUCCCUUCCAACUCUACAAUUCUACUAUUUCUAUUAUUUCCAUUCUUUGCAUUUCUGGACUUGGUCUCCAACACCAAAUAGACAUCAGCAGAUUGUCCUUUGGAAGGAAUUCUGAUCUAUAUUUUGUGUGGUAUGACCAGUAAUGCUUUUUCUGUAUUGCGUUCCGUAUCUCCUGUAUAAUGAUUAAAAACAAUUCUUUUGAAACCACUGGUGAUUUCAGAAAAUGCACUGGGGUGUUGAAAAGUUGGAUUUGCAACAAAAUGUUGCAGUGUGGAGUUCCAGUUAGUAAUAUCCCCUCCAAUAUACUCCAAUUCCCUUCCCACUUGGUUUUCUGUUCUUCCUUUCCUCUUUCCUCUUCCCCCUUCCUGCCCCAGUAGUUCACCAGCAUUCCAUGGUGACUGAGCAUGCUCAAACCUCAUUUAGGAUUUUUCUUAAGAUGGGAUUUGUACUUCUGCAAACUUCCGGCUUUCUCCAAGUUUGCUGAAACUUCCCUCUUGUGCCAGGGUUAGAGAGAAUGAUGAUUCUACAGCAAAGACUUGGAAAGCAGAAGCCAAGUUAUUUGUCCUUUGUUUCUUGACUUUCUGUGUUUUGGAACCUUGCCAGUGAAGUGACAUUAGUUAUAAGUAGACAUAACAUUUCUAUUAAUACUUACUUGAAAGUAAAAUGUGCAGUGAAUCCAAAUUCUUUGUUUAGUUUUGUUUGAUGAAAACAGGAAAUGCUUAAUUUUCUAGGCGUGCUGUUCCUGGUUUGGGUAUAUAUUUGUGAACAAUCCAGCGGUAAUCCAGAAGGAAAGGAAAGUGCCUUGUUCAUUCCCUAUUUAUUUUUCAGUGCAACAAUUUUAUCUCUCGUCUCUCUGUGGCAGUUCUGCAACUGCAACAAUUAUAGUAGCGCUUGCCCCCAGAGCUUCUGGUUAGCCACAGGAGUUGCUAUUCUUUAUUGUAUUGGUGUGCAGGUAUGUUUUCCAUGGCUCUGUCUUGCAUUCCUCCUUGUGUCUUUAAAAGAUUAUAAUAGUAUUAAAUGAUUUAGAGAAUCAAAACAAGGGAGUAUGCUAUUAUUCAUGCUGCUUUAUGUCUCAACCAAGUACAAAUCUGCUUUCAGUUCUUCUAGUUCAUGCAAGUGAAAUUAAUAGCCAGGUUGUAUUAGCCCACUUCAGUAGAGACCUACAUGGCAGAUUCUGAAUUGACAGCCUGUCUUACGCAUGUAGGGCAAAGCACUGUUGUACUGAAUAUCCAAUGCUUCAAUUAAGUUCCACUUCAUAAACAAUUGUAAGCUGCUUUCCAUUGUUACCUCUAGUCCAGUUAUUGUUCUUCUGUGGCUUUUCAUAGUUUGUAUGUUUCAUACCUCAAGGGCAUACACUUCCUUUUUCUAAAAAGUUUUUAUUGUUAAAAUAAUUCAGCAUUAAUACAUACAUAUUGCGAAUAUACAAACAUACAUUUCAUUCAAUCCUUAAAAAUGUUCAAACAUACCUACACUCAAUCCCACAGAUAAUUCACUUCCAAUAUCAGUGGAUCUAUAUAGGUCUGAUCCUCUCUGUUUGCACUGGGAUUUUAGCAUGUGAGAUCUUAAUGAGCAAAACUUACCUUUCCUAGCAUCAGAAUGAGAUACAGGUUGCGUUUAAAAUCUCACAUUCUAAAAUCUCAGUGGAAGUCUUGAUACCUUUCCUAGAGCCAGAGUGAGUUAUCCAAACUUCCAUUGAGAUUUUAGAAUGUGAGAUUUAAUUAAACAAACUUUAACUCACUCUGGUGGUAGGAAAGGUAUCAAUGCUCCCAGUGUUCUGUUUCAAUUGGCAAUCCCCAAAUAUCAUCUAGGAAUAUUUGUGAUACUAUCCUCUUCACCAUAUGAUUUGUUAUGAUGGAAAAUCUUGUACUGUCAUUAAUAUAGGCACAACUUCUCAUGGGCCAAAGUAUUGUACAUAGACACUCACCUUCCUAAAAUAUGCUUUGAAGCAAAAAGAGUUAAACUUGAUAAAUACUAAGCAAGUCCAAGAAGUUUAAUUCCUUAUGAAGUUCAGCUUCUGUCUUUUUGUCUACAUAUUAAAUUGAGCUAAUUUCCAAAAGAAUUGAAAACAGUCUUUCCAUUCUGUGAGAUCACAUGCACAGAGAAAACUAGAGCCUCCCUGACAAUAAUCCAGUGAAUGAUCUGUGUCUAAUCAGUCUAGUCCAGAGUUUCCCAACCUGGUGCCUCCCAGAUGUGUGGGACUACAGCUCCCAUCAUCCUCUACCAUUAGUCAUGCUGGCCUGGGUUGAUGGAACUUGGAGUCCAGUAACAUCUGGAGAGUACUGGUUUGUGAGAACAUUGCUCUAGUCCAAUAUUAAAAACAAUGAAUACAGGCAUUCAGUAGACCAGUACCUGAUAAACAUUGGACAUUCCUUUUAUCUUAUUGUUGCUAGAGAACCUGCAAUUAAGGUCCCUGAAUGUAAACAUAAAACAAAACAAGAUUAUUCUCUCUACUUUUUGGGCAGAUGAUAAGAGCAACAAGUAGUAUUUAUGUAUGCUGCAUGUCUGUUUAGAACUGUAACAGAUGUUGUCCUGACCACAGCAUAUUUUCCAAAAGCAUAGUGUGGGAUAAAGUACAUUAAACCAGAUGUUGAAGAGAAUUCUACAUUCGAUAAGCUUUUACAGUAGUAGUUUAUAAUGGAGAAAACAUUAAAACCUUACUGCAUAGGGCUCCUCAUAUGACUUCUUUGGAGCACUUACAUAGGAACAUAUAUAAUAGGUAUGCAGUCAUGUCAAGAAUGUAGCAUCUUCCAAGCUCCAGCAAUCACUGCAAUAUAGAAACAUGUGAUUUUUAUGUGAGGUGGUGUAUAGGGCUCUUUUUCUUUUAACAUCUUUAGUAGGGUGUAAAACAAAUAGUGUGAGACAGUUCUGCAUUUAUAAUGCAGGGGUAGAGAACCUCAGACCAGGGUCCAAAUGAUACCCUUCGGCUUUUACUACCUGAUCCUUGAGUCGGAUCCCCAGCUAAACCCUCUGUUCCCAGGCCACACCCUAAUUGGUCUGACAUUUGGCCCACCUUCUUGCCCUCCUUGAGUGUUUUAGCCUGAGUGGAAUGUGUCUGUGAACUCUGAUAAUGCUUCUUCCUUGUCUGGAUGGAGGAGAGGUGUGAGUGUAUGGAACUAGUCUUUCUGUACAAAGGUAAAUUUUAAAUUAGCUGCUUCUCCUCCUUUUGCCUCUGACCCCACCCACCACUUGCAUGUGGCCCCUGAAGAUUUCCAACAAGGGAAUAUAGCUGUCAGACUGAAGAAGAUUUCUACCCUGUUAUAGAUGUUGUACCUCAGCAUAGAAUCAAUCUGCAUCUUAAAGUUUUUUCUCCCGCAGGUUAUUCUCCUGCACAGAGUGGUUAAAUUUUAAAGAGAUGAAAGAAUACUGCUGAUUGCUAGUUUCAUUAUUUCUUGCUAUUGCUAUUACUGUAACUCAUUACUCAGUCUGUCUCUUGCUCACAUAUUUCCUAAUAUAUGUUGCUUGUAUACACACAUGUUUCUCUGGAAGACUUGUUUAAAAAACAUUUGAAGCUGAACAUCCAAUGGUUUAAAGAAGAUGAGGUUCAAGUGUCAGCAGUAAUAAUAAGAGGUUAUAAGAGGUUACCCAGAAUAUAUCCACUUGCAUGUGGAGGGAAGGGAAAAGCUUAAUCUUUAUAUUGCCAGUAUUGAAUUGAUUUGGAGAUGAUGGCUCCCAACUGAGUGCAAAUAUGUGCACUUACAUCUAACUGAAGUCAAGUGAGAAUAAUAUUCGUGCAAGAAUUGAGAAAGUACUUAUACAUUUUCCUGCAGCCUGCUUGGAAUCUAUAGUCACUGUAGUAGUUUUUGUAUAGGGUCCAAAUAUGAAAAAAUAUCAGGGCUAACACUGCUGAGAAAACUUCUAUCAAAUAGCACCUGUAGUAUACAGGCCUUAGUCUGAGAGGAAUAUAACCUGAUAAAAUAGAAAGCUCCAUAGAACAGGAGAUCAUAACAUGUGGCUGGGUCAGGACCAGUGCCAUUUGAUUGUGAGGGCCUACUAUGAAUGGAAAACUUUGGAAAGUGAUGUGAAGAAGUAUGUCCGGCCCUAGCCAAGGAGAAUGAAAACCAGAUGAAACUCCAAAUACUUCACUAUUUAAGAUUUCAAAUGAUGCAAAAUUAGUAAAACAUGGAUUUUCUGUCCAUUAUGCAGCUCUACCAUGUAGCAGCAUUCUAAACUUAAGAUGAAAGGGAAUGUUGAACCUGAACUCUUCUAAAUUCAUGGCCACAUUUUAGUACAGUACUGUAAUUUUCAUGGGAUAUUUUAGUAGUAUACUUUUAAAGCAUGGAAAUUGUUUAUGGCAUAUUUAAGUUCUUCUGUUUCUAAUGUUGUUAACCUACAUUGAAUCUAUAUGGUCUAGGCAAUUUUAAGUCUUAAAAGGGGUAAAUGAUGCAGCCUUUUGAUCAACUUUAGAAGUAAUGGGAAUCAAGAUGUAGCAAUACAGGUCAGCUGUCACGCAGCAAAAUGACUUGUCUUUGGUGAUGACUAUCCCCCCAAAUUGAUUUUUAAAUUUAUUUUAUAGUUUGAAUAGCCAUAAUUUUGUUUUCUCUGAUCAAGCAAAAAAGAAAGCAGAAGAAGGAAGAAAAGACCAAGUAGAAAAUGCAGAGCUGCUAUCCUCUCUAACGUCUUGUGUUGUGCUUCUUAGGAAGGACCAUUGAUUUAUUGCAUUACCUCACUGCAUUGAGUGUAUCCAUUUCAUCAGUGUAUCAUGCCUGUGCUAUUUUUAACAAUAACUUGAAGGGGCAGCACUGAUGAAAUUACAUCAUUUACAUACACGGCUGAGAGAAAGUGGUAUAAAUCACCAAGAUCAUUUAAGAGAGUAUCCCUGUGUGACUCAUGUGAACAGGUUGGGUGACUUCAAAGAGUGAUCGGAUGGGGCUGUUAUUCCUUGAGUAGCAAGAAGCUAUGCAGUGAUAAUAGUUGCAUUUUCUGUAUUUUGACUUGGGGCAGGUGUUUUGUGAAAUACCUAGCCUUUGCCAGAGUUUGAAGAUGAAUUACAGUUGUUUGUUUUUUCUACUAUCAUCCGAAAUACAGCAUGUCAUAGACUCCUGUUUAAAGUACUUUGGAAGGAGUUGGGUGAGGAGGGAAGGAAGAAUAGGCAGGUCUGGACUGGGUUGGUAUUUGUUAGAUUUCUGGAAAGCAACUGUCCUCUGAUAGUUAAUGCUUGUAAAUAACUACUUAGUGGUAGGGGAAAAGAGUUAGCUUGAGGCUACUUUUUAAACUGAACGAGGCAAUUGAUUCUUUCAGGCUGUAGUGUAGAUUGUCAACAAGUGGGCAUGUGUGGGCACACUGGCCAGUAACAUGUGUGGGCUUUGUUGCAAUUGUGUGUGACAUCAGUAUCUAUAAGCUUCUAAGACAGGGUGGUCCAAUGCUCAUCCUGAGGGCCGCAUACGGCCUUCAAUACAUUUUUUGGUGGCCCUCAGCAACAUUUGACGCCUGCCCUUAGCCCUCUCACCGCCUUCCCAAAGCUGGGUAAGCAAGGAGCUAGGCCUUGGGAAGGAAGUGGGAGGGCUCUGCUGAGAACAGGACAAGACAGCCAAGGCAGGAUUAAAUCCUAUCCUCCAUAUCAGCUGAUGCAACUACUGAUGUCAGCAGGUAGGCGUGGUAUGGGGAAAAUGGUCUCACAGGGUAAUUUGGCGGGCCAAGAUUAGCCUGUGAGCUGAUGUUUCCCCACCCUGGCAUACAGUAGUAUGAUGUAGUAUUAUAAUAUUUUACAUCUUAAAAUAGUAUUCACUAUUUUUAUGUCGUAUGUAUACAUGUAUAUUCUGGUUACGAAUUCCAUGUUGGACACUGAAAUCCCUAAGUAAAUCAAUAGACACAAUUAUCAAAAUGCAGAGAAUCACUUCCUCUUAUUCACAAUCUUAAUUUCAUAGUCUCUUUACCAUUUUAUGUCUGAAUUAUAUUAAGGCUGCAGUUUUUUAGUCACAAAUGUUACUCUGCAUAGAGCUUUUUCAGACUGCCAUCUGAUCUGGCUGGGGUGUCUUAUCACAAGACAGUUCUCAGGCGCAUGCUGUCAGAGCAGCUGCUGAUACUAUAUUGUAGUCCCACUGACAGGUUCCAGGUAUAAUCCUACAUGGAUUAAUUAAUGCCUGAAAAACAUGAAUGUUCUGCAGCUGCUUCAGAUCCUGAUUUGAUUAAUUCUGUCAAGCGGCUGUUUAUUUCACAGGAUACUACAGAAAUUCAAUUUUAACAUUAAUAGACUUAACUACCCUGAAUUUGUCCAAUCCUUUUUUAAAAGGUUAUGGCUGCAUUGUUUAGUCAUGAAUACUACAAAUCAGGCCUUGUCCGUUCAAGCAGUAGAUCACAUGGUAAAAUUGGUGUUGGGCUGUAUCACAAAAUUACCUGUAGAGAGACUGCAUACCAGAAUGAUUUCCUGUUCAUAGAAUAGGUAGACCCUGUACGUAGAAAAAUAGUGCAUCAAAAUGAAUGUUGGAUUCAAUUCCCCAAUUUGAUCCACCUGAUUUGUCAUUGUAUAAACCCUCUGUCAUAUCCUCCAUCCUAGCAUUCCCUAUCUCUUUAAAAAAUAAAAAGGCGGCUCACACUGCUCCUACCCCUUGAUAAUUUUUAGUUGCCCUUUUCUAGCUCUUAAGAAAUCAUUCUGAGACUGGGCAACUAACUGUGCAUGUCGCUGCAACAUAGGUUUAUAUUAAUCUACUGUGACAUGCAUCCAGCCUGUUUAAUAGCUUGUUUUAAUUUUGUGUACUGAACGUUCCAUUGGGCUAUGCCUCUAGAGAUCCUGUGUUUGGAGCAGUCCAGGUUUCCCAUACAGAGAGUUUCCUCUUAUUACAGUUGGAAAGUGAACCUUGCAUGUUGUACUUUAAAGGCUUUAUUCAAAGUGAAGCCAAAUGUUGUUUUUAUGGCACCCCCCCCCCCCAAAAAAAUCAUUUGCAAAAUUAGCUUAAAUCUUUUCUGUCUACAGCUUGCUGGCUCCAAGGAUAGGUUUCCAAGAUUCAAAAUGGUAAAAAUGUGGGUGUUCAUUUUGGCAUUGCCAACCUCAAUUGUUCUAGAUGUUGAUUCACAUCCCCUUUCUCCCUGAAAUGAAGCUACCUUCGACCAAGUAUAGAUUUUCUAUAUUUGGAAAGUUUAUAUUUAAGCUGCAGGUUGUUAACUGACCUCUGAACUUUGGAUGAUCGCGCUUUUCAGAAGAGGUGCAUGUACUUACUGUAUUACCUUGAAGUCCGGAAUCUUUGUUUUCUACCUAGAACUGAGAUUGCCAAAAAAAUUCAGGACAUUUGUUUAGACUGAUAUGAAGUGUGGCGCUGGAGAUACUUUGACAUUUUUUAAUUCCACCUUUGUCUUUCUGCACACAUUUCAUAGAUUAGAUGUGCAGUGAAUAGGAGAUAAGAAUUUGAAAGAGUAGUGUGAUGAUCAACAAUAUAUUCUCGGCUCCAGGAACAGACAUACAACACUGUUUUUCACAAGUUUGUUCAUUUUCUUUUUUUUAAGCCUCCUAGAAAGUGGGCAGACUCAGUAGUUUUAUUCUUAAUACAAGAUAUAGCACUGUUAUCCAGGGAGUUUUAAGAAACUUAAUACCUUUUUGCUUCUAGCAUCAGAUCAUACUGUGUUGUAUUCAGCUGUUUUGUGCAGAAAUAAUAUUCAUCUGGUUUUUUGUUUCCUGUUCCUGAGAUGAGUCAUUCCCCUUUUAAAUAGCAGUUAUUUUUUUCUCAUAACCCUUAAUAUACUAAUAAACUUCUGGAAUACUUAUUAAGAUGGACUUUGUGGUUAACUAAAAUGCUGACUUCACUACUCCUCUGGCCAUUGAAUUCAUACUUUGUUUUGAUUGUUAUUUUUUUAAGAAUGAAAGGAUAUGAGCACAAGUUUUUCUUUUAAUUUAGAUCCUGUUUUUGGAGACACAUGAGAGUUAUUCACCGUCUGAAACUGAAAAUACCCAUUUGCAGAACCAGCCAGGAACAUAAAAAAGAUUAGCACUGCAAUUUAAAAGUAAGGGGCACAACCAAUAAAUAAGCAUUCCAUGUGUUUGUCCCUAUGAAUACUGCUAUUCCAUAAAACAGGAGCAGGAAAUCUCAGGUCUAGAGGUAAAAUAUGGCCCUCCAGGUCUUUCCAACCCUUAAGACACUUCCCCAAACAGGGGGCUUCACUGCCCUUUUCAGUGCUCUUCUCAAGUUCUUUUGCCUGGCUGGAAUUUAUUUAUGUGGGAAUGUUGAGGGUGGCAGGAGAGGAUAUAUUGAUUAUUAAUAUCCUUCCUAACUCGCACUAGCAAGUUUCUUUAUAUAGCAGAGUUACAUUCCCCUUCUUAGGCAGCAGAAAACUGGUUGCAAACAUUUGUGAGUCUCUUAAGACAAUAAACAAUUCAAUCUGGCUUGCCCAGAUUGAGAUAUGUUCUAUUAUUCCUGGUAAGACCCCUUUGAUCCCUCCUAAAAGAAUAAAGACACAACAGUCUUAUUUAUAAGUAACAAAAAGUGGUUUUUCUCAUGAACAUGUGAUCCCUGUGAUCCCUGAAGGCAGGCUUUAGGCUUAAAGUUACAAACAUGUACAAACAGGUUUACCCCAUAUGGGAGAUAACCUGGGGGACUGCUUGGCUGGCAGCCAGCAGUACAGUCCAGGUGAAUCAGGAGGUUCACAGGACAAAAAAAGAUCGAAGAGAGGGAGGUGGCUGCGUGACUUGGCCUUUUACCAGGUCUGGAAAGGUCACACCCACCUACCAGUCACAUGCAAGGAAGGAUGCUCCAGGCCAGGAGGAACAGGAAGUUUCGACUGGCUGGACCAAACAUUCCCUUGCAUGUCCACUCUAGCAAAACAAGGAAUGUUGUAUUUGACUUCUCCCAGUGGAUUACAUCCCCCAAUUUAUUUAUUAAAUUGUAUAACACCUUAUACCUGUAGACCUCAGGGUGGUUCACAACAUAAAAUCACGAUACAAAAAACAGAAAAUACAUAAUAAAAACAAAACCAAAAACCACCCAACAAUCCCCCUUCCACAUCACAUUUUAAAAGGGCAUCAGAUGUCACUCAGCCAAAGGCCUGGUUAAAGAGAAACUUUCGCCUAGCACCUAAAUGUGUAUAAUGAAGGCACCAGCUGAGCUCCCUGAGGAAAGUAUUCCAUAAAUGGGGAACUACUGCAGAGAAAGCCUGUUCUUGUGUUGCCGCCCUCUGGAUCUCUUGUGGAGGAGGCACACAAAGAAGGGCCUCAGAAGGUGAUCUCAGGGUCUGGGUAGGUACAUAUGGAGACAGGUAGUCCUUGAGUUAUUGCAGUCCUUGAACUGUGAUAAUGCCUCUGGCCAGGAUGAAGGAUUGAGGUGUGUAUAGAAACCUCUGCUUCUUGCAUGGCUGAAAUACAUUUAACUGUACAAAGAUAUGAAGUACAUCCUCUGCUCUGUCUACUUCACCUCUGGUCCUGCUUGCUAUUUGCAUGUGGCACCUUGAGGCCUGCCAAUGAAGCUCUUGCACUGAAAAAGUUCCCAGCCCGUCCUGAAAAAUUGGAAAGCACUUUGAAGAGUCUACAAAUACUGUAAUCACUAAAUGGCAGCUCUCCUGUGAUUAACUGUCACUAGCUACUGUAGACAUUCUGUUGCUGAUUUAUUACCAGAUCUCUUCCCCUCUCUUGACCUUGAAAUCUAGUGUAAAGCAACCAUUUAAGAUUGUAAAGCCUUCUGAGUAAAGGACUACAUGCUUCUAUAGAAUUUAGUAGUCUUUAAGUUGGAUAUCAGUUUGCUUAUAGGAAAAAGAUGUCAGUGUGGUAUGUGAGCUGUGUUAAAAGAUUUAAACAACCUUCCUUGUAGAGGUAAGGAGGUCUGUGGUGUCCUUUUUUAGAUCUGCUUUCUUAGAACAGACUGAAUGAAGGUGAAAAUGGAAUGUUAACCUGGUUGCACAUCAUGUUAAAUCAUAGUUAAUGUCUGAACCUGAGUUUGUGGCUGAUUCCUCUCCAAAUAAAGCACAAGCUGCACCAUCAGUUUGUUCUUGCCUUACUGCUCAUGGUUUGCUUGAGGCAAACAUACCACAAACUUUUGCUCUGAUGACAUGGCAAGCCAAAGUUUAUGGUUUGUUCCUCCCAAGGGGAGCAAAGGGGGAAGUUUUGAACAAGAUAUACCAUGCUGCUGCUUCAUGUUUAAUCGUAUUUUAAUCUUAACUAUGGUUUUAACUAUGGGACGCGGGUGGCGCUGUGGGUAAAACCUCAGUGCCUAUAUGACUUGCUGAUUGUAAGGUCGGCGGUUCGAAUCCCCACGGCGGGGUGAGCUCCCGUCGUUCGGUCCCAGCUCCUGCCCACCUAGCAGUUCGAAAGCACCCCUAAGUGCAAGUAGAUAAAUAGGUACCGCUUUAUAGCGGGAAGGUAAACGGCGUUUCCGUGUGCGGCGCUGGUGCUGGCUCGCCAGCUGCAGCUUCAUCAUGCUGGCCACAUGACCCGGAAGUGUCUUCGGACGGCGCCGGCUCCCGGCCUCUUGAGCGAGAUGAACGCGCAACCCUAGAGUCGGACAGUACUGGCCCGUACAGGCAGGGGUACCUUUACCUUACCUUUUUAUGGUUUUAAGAUAAUGGGUGAAUGCAGCCACAGAGAGCUCAUCUUGCAUGAGUGGAAAAAAAUCUUCAUUAUAGUAUUUGAUUGAAGCAACUGUUAAUUAUAAAGGUACUAGGCCUUCCUCAGUGACGAGUAUGGGUGAUGGCAACCUGUCUCUUACAUAGUAGUAGUAAAUAGCCCCAUCUCUUUUGCAUUGCCAAUUGUGUAUACCAAGUUCUGGUACUGUUUUCAACCUACGGGCUUAUCUUUGUAUGCAGACACUUUAGGAAUCAGACGCAUCAGUGCUUCCCUUUCCCUAAUAUACUGUGCACAAAUAGUGGGUUCCCUCAGGGAAAGGUCAGUCAGAUUUUGAAGGGCUCCUUUCACUAUGCAUGGUGUGUGUGCUUGUGCAUAGACAUCUAGAGUAUCUCUCAAAUAUAAAAAUGUAUGUCCACGUUGCCUCUAUAUGGAGUAGCUAGGAUUCCAUGUUCUGGGCUCAUUGUGUUAACUCUGACUUCUGAAGUUUGUUACAUGUCAGUCUUGGCUCAGAUCCAAAGAGCUUGUUCUAGCAUGUCUAAAAGACUUGCACAUGCCCUGUAGUACCUUUUUUACUUGAUCAGUUUUUAUUAAAGCAGACUCCUGUUGUAUCAAAAACUGUUUUGAAUGUGGUUUGGGUGAUCAUACAGUGGGAAAAUAUGCUCAAUGGGGUCAUUGAUUGGAUUUAGAUAAUUCAUUUCAGCAGGAUCAUUGAACAAGCACUGGCUACUAAUGACUCCAAGCUGGAAUUCAGUUAGAUACAAAGCACUUUUUUUACUCUUCUAACCUAUAGGAUAGGCAUAUAAUAAUGUUAUGAAAAAGGUGGUAGUAAGCUUGUGGUAAUUUGAUGUCCAUGCAUGUUUAAUUGCUUCUUAAUAAGUUAUGAAAAGCCCGUAAUUUUUUACCUGCUCACUGGCUGUUUCAUUUUUGGUACUUUACAGGUGCAGAAAAGAGUGAUACACUCUGUGUAUUUGUGUAAAUCAGGGAUGGGGAGCCUCUGGCCUUCAGGCUGUUGUUGGACUCUUAACUCCUAUUAAUCCUUGAUGGGAGUUGGGGUUUAACAGCAGUUUGAGGGCCACUUUCCCCAUGUAAAGCAGACUUGAAAGCAGAAGAAAAUUAAGUCUUUGUCAUGAGCACAGCUCUCCCACAUACCCAAGGAGACAGAAUUGUUUCUGCUUCUACUGUGCUCAUGAUGUCUCUGGAACAAGUUAAUGUGUAUCAGGAGAAUCCUGUGUCUCGUGUGCUGAGCAUUAAAUGGAGUAAAGUUUAAGUCUAAAGGUUUCUAUGUCAUCUUAAUAUUUAAUGAUUUAGAACAGAGUAGGUCAUGAGAUAGGAAGCUCAGCUGAGCUGUUAUAAAUGGGUGGGGUGGAGGUGAAAAAAGGAGUUCAAGUGGAGUGUUCUAGUAAGGAACCCUUGGUUGAAGCCCCAAGAAUAUAGUAUCAGCUAUAUUCCUGAGUUUGCGAUGGCACAUACUCUAUUGAGCAUUGGUGUGAUUUCUUUCUGAAUGUAGUUUACACACAUUUUAAAAAUCAUAUACUGUGUUUCAGAUUUAGUUAAUAAACAGAAUGAAUUCAGGGAUCAUUUGUACUGAAAGGCACCAGACACCAGCUUAUGAGUUGCUGAAUCCAUCUUCUAUUGCUUCAUUUUGAGGCCAAGUCCUAUGACCCUUGGACAUAUGGAUGGCAGCUUUAAUUUUUGCCCUCAGGCCUGACUAGUGCACCUGUGAUGAAGCAGGUGCCUAAGCAACAUAGCACAUGCAAUCAAAACAAGGCACUUGCUCCCUGUAGGGCUGAUGGUGAUAGCAUGCUAUGUUCCUCUUUCCAUCCAUGGCAAAGUGUUCAGAUACCUGCUUCACAGUGGAAUGAGUAUUCUGUAAAUAAAUGACCGGCUGCACUUAGGACUGUUCAUGAAUCCCUAUUAGUUAAGUCUGAUUAGGUUUUAGAGGAAGGUGAACAUGUGAUUGGAGUACAAAGUACUGAAAAGUAAUACUACAAGUAUUAAAUAGUUCUAGAAGCUUAGUUGAGUUUUUAUUUUAUUUUAUUUUAUUUAUGUUUCUUUCAGUGGUUCCUAUAUGUUGGCGCUCUCUGAAUAUGGACCAGACUGAGCAAAAGUGAAACAUGAACUUUUUCAUUUAAAACUGGAAUUCACCAUGUAGAGAGAAAUAAUGUUAUUCAAGAGGUGGGCAAGAGGGGAAGGGAGCUAUGUGAGGUUUGGAAAAAUGCUUAAAUAUUUGUGUUGACUCUUUCCAAAUUACCUUUAUUCACUGGCUGCAUUUGCAGGUCAUGGUAAGCCAUAAAGUUUGGCUUAUUAAAUCAUGCCCCUUUAUGUAAGUUGGUGAGCAAACCAUGACAGGGAAACUUCAGUAUAUCUGAAUCUGAGAUUGUGGUUUGUUAGGAUGAAACAAAUCAUGAUCUUAGGUUUGGACAACAUGCUAAGCUUUUCCCAUUGUGGUUUGUUUGCUCCUCCCUUUGUGCAAGUGGGAGGGGCUCUGGCUGCAUGUACACCUGCAGAGUACAGUUUGCUAAACGAAAUGUUAUGGUUUAGUGUUACAUAUGAAUGCUGCUAUUAUACAGACAUUGCUAUUUUUAAACAUGUUCUUGUUGACUUUGCCUGCUGCAUAUUCACCAGCAAGCUAAGAACAGUUGUGUUUUUAGAAAGGUACAAUCAACCGACUCUUCCUUUUGUUUCAAAAUUGAGUAUUUUGCAUAUGUUAAAAACAUUCUGAGCAAGCAAUAAUUUUGGGUUGUGACAGCCUAUCAUCUAGCUCACUUUUUUAAAAAAAAAAGAUGGUCCAAAUGUACCUCAGUUGUAAAGCCUUAGUCUUGAAUAAGAGCUGCUUACCUCAGGGCUUGAAGUGGUUGUGUAGUUCUUUGAAUGUUGCAAUGUAAAAAAGAAACAAUUAAUUGAGAGUGAUGUUUCCUUUUUGGAAAGUCUGUUUGGAACUCUUCUUCAUUCUGUUUUCGGUGCCAGUACAGUACUGUAUUGGGUAACUUGCAAAGCAAACUUAAAAUUCUGUCAGUUGUUCUUCAAGAUGCUCACAACUUCAGCUCUUUAUAAACUGGCAAAUAGUAUUUCAGCAUGACUUUGUUCUUUAGUAACUAUAUUAAGAGUGGCCUCCUGAUCUCAACUUCUGAAGAUUUCCUCAAAGACAUUUCUGAUAUCUUUUGUAAGUUGAGUUCUGGACAAUUAAAAUGUGAGUUUUAGUACAAUGGUGCCUCGCAAGACGAAAUCAAUCCGUUCCGCGAGUCUCUUUGUCUUGCGGUUUUUUCGUCUUGCGAAGCACGGCUAUUAGCGGCUUAGCGGCUAUUAACGGCUUAGCGGCUUAGCGCCUAUUAACGGCUUAGCGGCUUUAAGAAAAAGGAAACAAACUCGCAAGAACUCGCAAGACGUUUUGUCUUGCGAAGCAAGCCCAUAGGGAAAUUCGUCUUGCGGAACGACUAAAAAAACGGAAAACUCUUUCGUCUUGCGCGUUUUUCAUCUUGCGAGGCAUUCGUCUUGCGAGGCACCACUGUAGCUCCCAUUUGUGGCUUUAUUCCAUAAGUGUUUGGCAGAUUGAGCAAGUAAGUGCCUAUGUUGUUUCUUGCUGUAAAGCCAUGCUUUCAUUAACCAUGUCUUAAUAAAAAGUCUCUUUUAAUUUCAGAAAUAACAGGAUAUGAGUUCUGAAAAUGGCCUUGGCCUGUUUUAAGUCAUUCAUGAGCUUGAUUGAUGAGCACCUUUUGAGUUGACAAUAGGAGCAAAUGUAUGUGUUUUCUCAUGCACAGCAGCAAUGGAAGAGGUUGUCAGUUCUUAGAACAACACAGAAAUGCUCCAUUUAAAGCUCUGUCUAAGGUGGUCUGCAGUCUUGGCUUUGGAAAAUCCUCAAGACUAUUGUGAGCAACCAUUCAGCAUAUGCAUGGCUCCUCAACUGAUCAGUACAUCUCUACUUGGUGACAACAAGAACCAAAUUUCCUAGAGGAAAGGGCAAAGAAUCCCAGUGGCAAAGGGACUUUGAUGCUAACUUUCCUCCAGUAAAAUUAAUAAAGUGUUUUGUUGCACCUUAAAGACUAACACAUUUAUUACAGCAUCAACUUUCAGUGACUUGAGACAACUUCAUUUGAUGAAGUGGAAGAUUAAUCUUCAAAAGCUUAUGCCAUAAUAAAUUUGUUAGUAUUUAAAGUGUCACAGGGUAUUUUUCCUUCAAUAGAAAAGUAUGGCUACACCUCUAGAAAUUUCCCUCACUGUUAUUUUUAUUUUUACAUAAAAACUUGGAGUUUGAAUACUCGAGGUUCAAAUGUAUGCAGAGCCUAGUCUCCUGGAGCCGAUGAAAGGUUUAGUUGGGUGACAAAGUGUUAAUGAUUGGGGAGGGAGGGUGCUCUUUUUCUACCCCUCUAGCAAAACCUUUCUCCUUCACAACCAUAACAAAAACAUUACUGUGUCCUGUAAACGUCUUCCACAUGGAAUCACAAUUACAGUUACCGCAACUGCUUCUGUAAUCACCACAAGUAUAGCUUACUACAAAUCUAGGCUGCUAAGGAUGGGAAAGUUGUCUGAAGUUCAUGAGAGAGGCCUUCAUUCUACAAGUUUUUGGUAGAAAUGAGCUGCUAGAGGGAAUCAAGGAAUUAGAAUUUGGGUGCAUUAGAAAAGGUAAAAGUUGAAAGCAAGAGUGAAACAAAUGCUGGAUGGUUGCCUUGGGAAAACAGGAUUGGAAGUUGGAAGUUGCCAUUCAGCCACUGGCGGAGGAAGAGGGGGGCGGGGAGAGUGCACCACCCCCAGCAACGCGAUCCUGGUGGGGCUCCAUCACGGCUGCCCCCCCCCCGGGACGUGCGCCAACCCCACCCCCGCCUGCUCUCCGCCACUGCAUUCAGCCAUGAUUUUCACUGGAUGACUUUGAGCUAGUCACCAUGCUUAGCCUAGCCUGUUUGGAAGUGUGGGAGUUAGGGGUCAUUAUCAAUCUGAAACUUUCAUACCAAUUUGCUAAGUCUUUUUGUCAUGUUUGGUUUGAUGCCAACCAAGAACACCAGAGUAGACGUGCAGGGUUUUUGCUGUUUUCUACUACCAGGAGCAUCUGUGAACUUGCACCUCUGGAACUGAGAGAAAGGAAAUAAUGUUGUGCAUUCAUCCUUUGCCUGUUUGGGACACAACAAUAUUCCUUUGAGGGGAAGGGCCAUAACUCAGUGGCAGAACAUCUGCUUUGCAUGCAGAAGGUCCCAGGUUCAAUCCCUGUCAUCUUCAGGUAGGCCUGGGAGAGACCUGUGGCUGAAAACUUGAGAACUGCUGCCCAUCCAUGUAGACAGUAGUGAACUGGAUGGACCAAUGUUCUGACAGUAUAAGCUAGUUUUCUAUGUUGCUAACAGAUCUUGUUCAUUUUGUUUUCUAACAGUGAGUGUUGAAAAAGUGGAACUAAAGGGAUUAUCGCAUAGGAAGAAUGAUAGGAACUUUGAAUAUUCCUUUGAGGUAAGUUCCAAGGAAUGAGAACUUUUAAAUUUAAAAGAGGUAUGAAAGGGACCAGCCUUUGGGGCACUCAAAGCCUUGUGGAUUCUAUUGCUUUAGCAGGUGUCUUUUGACCGAAACUAUGUGUUCAAACACUAUUAGCUUUGACACCAAAACUAUAUCUGAAACAUUUGAUAAAAUUUUUCUCAUAUUACAUCACAAUAUACUAAAACAAACAGUAUAUUGAAACCAUGUUCUAACUGGAGGUGAGCCAUACAGUGAUAGGGAAAAUUGGACAUGGGUGUAAAGAUGUUGAAUAGCUAAAAUUUAAUUUUAGCAUUUUUUUUAAAAUGCACUGAAUAUAUUUUACUCUCAGUAUAAGCCACAACAGCAAAAAUCCCUGUGUCUUUUAGCUGCACUCUAAUUCCCUGGUUGUAGAUGAUCCACUGCAGAAGCAGCCUCUUUGCCUCUUCUGUCCAAAUGCUUCUGCCGUUUUUCAUAACUUCUUUCCCCAGCUUUCUACUUAUUCUUGGCUGCUGUUUUAUUAUUGGCGAUUUACAGAAGGAGAGAGAGUUGCAUGUAUAAACUGCUCUACCCAGAAUAUCACAUGCAUAACACGGGUGUUGUGCUAGAAUUUCAGUGGGAAUUACAGGUAGCUGUCAGCAAAAUUGUUCUGGGGCCAACUUGUAUAAAAUAGUACUGAAAAUUCAAAUAUAUUUCUUUAAUUUAGAUUUGUAUCCCAUCCUCUCUGGGCAGAUCUCAUUGGUACUCUCUCACAUUCAGAUGUCUGGAAAGGCAAGUGAGAUGUAAUCUAAUAGAACCAUCCUGCCAUAGUUCUGAAGGCUGUGUAACCUCAAGAGCUUAGUUCCUCACGUUGUAUCAUUUAUCUGUGUGUAAAAGAGAUUUUUUUAAAGCCUUUGGUGGUGCUAGAAGCUCUGCUUUUCGUUUCUUGGUUUUGGUGGAACAAGUGCUGGGAAGAGGAAAUUCCUCAAUUACGUAAUGUAUUUUGAAACUCUCUCCUCUCACCAGUACUUCUGGCAGCAGCAUCAGUUCUGGAAAAUUGUGUGUGUUUGGUUGUCAUUGAUACUAGCGUCAUGUAGAAAUAUCACUCUAAUUUUCUCCCCCUCCCCUCUUUUUUAAGCAUAAGGCAAUAUUUCCCCAUAAUUUACAAAUGCCUCUAUCUCAGACUGAAAAAGUACGAAAUUUAAAGUGCUGGAUAAAUUCUUGGGCAUUGUGUUAAGCUGUAAAUAUAGCUGAAUUAAAUCCGUCAGCCAACAGCCUGAUGAUCCUCUGGCUAGUGUUAAUAAAUUUUCAAUAAAUUUAUUGAAAAUACAUGAAAGGGAACGCUGACCAUGUUGGCUUGGUAAAUCUUCAGGUACAAAUCCAUAGGCAUAGGUUAGAAGCCCAUCUCGUGUCCUGAUAGGCAACUGAUUUGCAGAUUCUACAACGUGUCAUAUUCUCACACACAUUAGCCCCCAUCAUUAACAACUUGCACUGCAAGUGGGUGUGAUUAUUGCAGUAUGUUGACUGUUCCAUCAAUAUGGAGUUCUCCCUUAGUAAUACUUUGCUGAUGUAAAGAGGCACAUUUUGUGCUGCUUUUCUGCUUCAGACCUAAGGAAGCAGAGUAUAGCCACAGCUUUUGUACAAGUUACAGUAGGUGUUGACUGUAGAAUUUGUUCAUGUGAUGGUUUCCGUGUCCUUUUUUAAUAUGGAACAGUUCCUCCCACAUAGAGUAAUGCUACCUGUCCGAAGGAUGGCAUGUGAAAUGCGCUCGGACUUACAGUAUUAACUUGAAAUAUAUUUGGUACACAAAUUCAGAUACAAAGUAAUACACCAUAAUCAGCAAAGGAUUUUGUGUAACAAUGGGAGAAAAAAAUGUUGCAAUCUAUGCCAGUACAGUUUAGUGAGAGUGGCGUAGCAGAUUACUCCAGAGGUCCCAGGGAGAAGGAAGGAAGCUAGUCAUCUUUGGAAUGUAAAAGUAGGCAGAGGUACAUCCCAGAAUCCCUUUUUCAAGUCACCAAUCUGAGGACACUGGUCAUGCAUCCUAGCAAGGCCAAUUCCAGAUGUGUUUGAUGCAGGUAACUCAAAUUCUUCUUUCUUCCCAAAGGUCUUAUGGUCUGAUUCUUCAGUGACAUUGGUAACAAAGUCUUCUGCUGAAGUGACUGAAUUCAUUUCAAAGGUAAAACGAAUAAGAUGUCUUGGGUUGUAUAAAUAAAUGUUUCAGAAUCAUCCUGAGGUAUAUUUUAGUAUCAGUGCAAUUGAAACAGUGGCUAUCUGCAAGGCACUGUUUUUAAAUAAUUGUGUAAAUAAGCUUGGGUUGGUUUGUUUCUUUCAUUUUCAAUUGUUGCAUUCAAACAUAUUGUCUUCUCUCUUAGUUAGGUCAAAUGUACCCAGAAGAAAAAUUGGAGAAAUUCAUUCCAUGCCUAGCUGGUCCAGAUUCAUUUUACUUAGAAAGAAACCACAUGGACCUGGAAUCGGACCUUAGGUAUGCUUUGCAAGUAUUUUAUGUCAGUGCAAAAAGGAAACUACACCAAAUGGAAACCUGUUUGGGUCAAAUACUUGCUGUUAAUAAUUCUCUCGCUCUUUUGAUUGUCUGCAUAUUGGUCUGUGAAUGUUUUGUCAGAUUUACUGGGAUUUAAGUUUACUGUUAGUUUUAUGCACAUUUAUGUUGACAGCAUUUCCUUAGUGUUGAGUAAUUAUGCUCCAAAUGUGGCGUGGCAUAUCUAGUACCUUCUGGACCCAGUACCAGCACUGGCAGUGGCUGUACCUGAAUUGCUAUUACACAUGUUUAAGUCUUUCAAGCAGUUCUACUUGGUAGGGGUUUUUAUUGGCCCCUUGUUUGCAGUUUUAGGAGCCAAAAGGGCCCAUCAGAUACAAAAAUAAUCAGCCAUUUGUGAAAGUUUAUUUUGAUAGCACCAUCUUUUUGGCAGAAAAUAAUAGUGCCAAGUUCCCUAACAAGCAAGUUUUAAAGUACAGAGAAGGAAUCAUACUAGCAGCAGAAGCCCAAGUUAUAGCUUGUGGUAAUGCAGCUCAGAUGAGUCUUAAGGACUCUGCUGCAGCUUUUUAGAUCCUAACUAGGUCAGAACAUUAUUUGGCCCCUGAAAUGAUAAGCCAGGUUCAGUAGAUAAAAAUAGUUACUCUAGCAGGAAAUAGGCUGUAUUCUGAGGGCUCCAAUCAAGUUUAGAAAAUCAUAAUUUAUAGUACUCAGUGGUGUGUUGGAAACAAAAUUUCUGUGUAUCAUUUAGGCUCAAGGAAUGUCUUUCUUCACUUUUGCUAGGAUUGACAGAGCAGCACAAGUAAUUUCCCGGGCUGAGACAGGAAGGAUGUGCCUCUGGUAACAAACCAAAUAGUGCAUCAACAUUUAGUUAGUUUCUUCCCAGUAUUGAAAUUCAUGUUUCGCUGACAUGAGCAAUAUAAUAGUAGAAAUAACUUGGAUCACUGCAGCUAUUGGCUUUGCAAGUUGUAAAGGACAUGAGGUUUCUGGGCUUUUGGAAUCAGUUUUAAUUAGUCCACCUUUGCUGUACUAACUGGCAUAUCCAUACAGUGAUUGGUGUUUCAUAGAAGAGUUGGAGUCCAGAUUCUUUUUCUUUUUAAAAUAACUGGAUUCAUUACAAGUUUGAGGCUCCAAAACUGUAGUGCCUGCAUUUUUCAUAUUAAUGAUUUUCACAUGUCCCUGAUCACUGUAAAAUAAAGCCACAGUCAUGGGACCAUAGAGAUUGUAAUUGGGCCAAGGGUUCCAGAAGAGCACAUACCAGUUGACUUGCCAGAUGUCGUGAUUUGGUCUGGAUUGUUGAGGUUUGCUUAUUUUUCUCCCCACUCGUCUGCAAAUCAGUUUGAUCCCUAGUAAAUGAUCAGAACUGUGAUUAAAAAUGUAAAUGCAAGAGAAACAUAUUCCCAAUUUGAUCUCUUCUCCAUUCCUGCUUCUAAGCAGCUUGUGGGACCUUCCAAUACUUAGUUGCUUUCAAACAAGCCUGUGGAGAAAUUAUGUCAGUAUGUUUAUAUACAGCAUGUAGAUAGCAUAUGUUUCGAGGGAGCUCAGUCUUUUUAAUUUCAAGAGAAAGCAAAGCACUGGCAGAGGAGAACAUUUAAAAGCUUGUCUGCUAUCUUUCACUUCUGUUGAUCUCUUGAAAAUUUAUUAUGUAAGAGCAAUACUAUAAAAUAUUUCCUCUGCUGAAAUUUUCAUUGUUCACAAUUCCAUCCUUGUCUACAUGUACACUUCAAAAUUUGCCCUCCAUUUUAAAUAUUUACCUUGGGAAGUUUUAAGUGGUUUAUUUUAGCCAGUGAGGCCCUAACAGCUUGGGACCAGGUUCUCUCCAAGACCACCUUUUUCCAUAUAGUCUGCCCAGGUCAUUGUAGUCUUUGGAUGCGGUUCUUAUGAUGGUACCAUGUCCUGCUGAAGUUUGGCUUCCUGGAGUUCAGAGCAGGGUCUUUUUAUGUUAUGACAUCCACCUUGUGAAAUGAGCUCCCUUGUGAAAUGAGCUCCUUUUGAAUUAUGGUGCUGGAGGAGAUUCUUGAGAGUCCCAUGGACUGCAAGAAGAUCAAACCUAUCCAUUCUUAAGGAAAUCAGCCCUGAGUGCUCACUGGAAGGACAGAUCGUGAAGCUGAGGCUCCAAUACUUCGGCCACCUCAUGAGAAGAGAAGACUCAUGGAAAAGACCCUGAUGUUGGGAAAGAUGGAGGGCACAAGGAGAAGGGGACGACAGAGGACGAGAUGGUUGGACAGUGUUCUCGCAGCUACCAGCAUGAGUUUGACCAAGGCAGUGGAAGACAGGAGUGCCUGGCGUGCUCUGGUCCAUGGGGUCACAAAGAGUCGGACACGACUAAACGACUAAACAACAACACCCACCUUGUGAAAUGAGCUCCCUAAUGUACCUUUUUGUUUACCCAGAUAUUUCCUGACUGCUGAUACUGAAUUUUUCUUUGUUGCUGAAAUUAUGUUUUUUUGAUUAGUUGACUUUUAACUGUUACUAGUUUUAUGGUUCUUCUGUGUAUUGUAAACAACAUUUGAGAGAAGUGGCAUGCAUUUGUACACACCUACACAUAUACAUAUAUAUAAAUUGUGAUUUAUAGUGCUCGGUUAGCAGCAAUCCAUACAAAUUCAGAUUAGAUUCAUUUUUUUUAGCACAUUGCAGUAUUAAUAUGACCCACUUCGCAUUUCAGAAAUUAGUAGGUGUUUGCGUUUGUUGUGUAUACUCCGUAUCAAGAGAGAACCAUAUUCUUCUCAUUGACUACUUGUGAGGUUCAGGGCUCCUUGUGACAAUUUACACAUUGUAACAAAUAGCAUUUGUCUGUAGGGACCUCCUCAGUAUGUGUGCCUGAUAUUUCCAUAGUGUGUCAAGUAGCUGUUUGUGUCCUGUAUGCUAAAAUGCUUAUUUUGGCACUCUUCUGUUAAAAGCUGCAGUUUUGAUCUUUGUGGUGCAAAUGCAAAGACACCAUUACUCAGUUGAAAUCAUUUUUCAGGUAUUUGGCAUCAUUACCUUCCCACAUCUGGAAAAAUGACCACGUCAAGAAAUUUUUCAACACUUCAUCUCACUCCCAGCAAUUUCAAAGUUCAAGUGAGUUUUAUGAUUCAUUUCUCCCUAUUAACAAACAUGUGAAUAGACAUUUUACCACUCAGGCCUUGUCCAAACACCUGAUCUCCUUGUUUUUAGGUCCAGGCAACACUUCCCUUUAUAAAGUAGGUACGACGCUGGGUGCUUCCGGAAGGUGAGAUGAAUUUAGUGUAUGUGUGAUGUAGGGAAGCUAUAGCAUGCUAUUCAGAUUUCUGUAUAAUGUGAAACAUUUUUCACUAUCACUUUGAAAGUGACUUCACAGAUUGCCCCUUCAUUCUUUGUGUGGAAUAAAUUUGGUAUUGCUGGCAUUAUGUCAUCCUUCUGUUCUGAGCAUGUUUAGAUGACCCAAUGAUAAACUCAAAAGACAUUCAGAGGUGGCAUUUUACUUUGUACAGGUGCUUUAUUUCAGUGGAGAGAAUUAACAUAGAAAAUGUUUAGUUGCCUUUGAAAAUCAACACAUCAUUUACAGUUCUGAUGUAAGAUUUCCCAUGUAUAUUCUUCCAUGGAAACAAAUUCCUCAAAACACUUAUGAGGAUAUAAAUGCUAACUUACAACUGGCCUAUGAAAAGCAGCUAAAACUCAUCCCUACGUUUCUAUACAAGAGGCUCAUGUUGAAGUAAAUAUGCAGGAUGGUUAGUCACUUACUGCAUCUACAUAAUCCUCACUUCUGCUCCCUUUUCUUGGUUAUGCCUGUUGGCACUGUCAGAUCAGUAAUUCCUUAACCUAAGCAGCUGGAGUAACUGUGGCCUUACAUUCGCCAGCCCUCUGACUUUUCAUUGUUAUGCUGGCUCUUCAGAAAGAUGGCAAACUGCAUCAUGGAUCAAGGGGACAUGCUCUAGAAUGAAACGAGAAUGUACAGUAUUCCUGUUCUUGGUUUGAUGCAUAGAAUAGUUUCUCCUUCUAUGUUUGCAGACCUAUCUGUGGCGUAGCUGGUAUCCAGUCUUCACAGAAUAGUCUCCAGCAUCAUGUGCAGCAUCCGACCGCUACACCUGUUGCACUCCCCCACUGCACUCAUACAGGUGGGGCUGCAUCCUCACUCACUUGCCGCUCCCAGUUGGAGAACUCUUCAUCAGUAUUGACUCCCAGUCCUCAAACCCCCCAGGAACAAAAUGGGAUUUUAGACUGGCUGCGGAAACUACGCUUGCACAAGUACUACCCUGUUUUCAAACAGCUCUCAAUGGAGAAGGUAGAGUCCUGGCUUGGCUAGGGGAAAACAGUUUGCGGUGUUUGUUUUGCUGUAUUAAUCUGUGGUAUAGAGAGAGAAUGCAAAUUUUGGGAUAGGCUUAAGACUGAUUAGAAAUGCUGAUAUGACUUCUUCAGCGAUUUGGCUUUCUGGUAAAAGUCUUCAUCUAAUAUUUAGAAGUUUCUUUGUGAAAUGUUGACACACUACAAGUAUUUACCCUCUAAGAAAAGCUGUUGCACAUAGAUCAAACAUCCCUCUAUGAUGUCUUUUUUUUUCUGGAUGCAUGAGUAUUUGUUCCUAGAAAGCAAAAUUCCUCAUGUGAUCUGAGAAAGAGCGGAGUUGCUGUGCCUUGCUCAAAUGAAUGUCACUCUUUUUAACAGUUUUAUUCACAACUCUGUUCAGAUAUGUUGUAAGCUAAUCACGUUACUCUUGGGGUGUUUUUUUUUAUAAAAAAAUAUAUAUCAGAGUGCCCUCUAGUGGAUUCUUUGCUGUAUUUUUUUGCUCUUAAAUCUAAAGCUCCAAUUUGUUUUCAAAUACAUCAUAUCGUUAAUCUGUGUACAGUGCUUAGCACAUGUUAGACACUUUAUAAAAGAUACAUAAUGAAAUAUAAAUUGAAUUUAAUAACAGAAUGGGGUAUUGUUGUGGUAUCUCUCUCUGCUUUUAUUAGAAUAAUUAUCAAUAUUAAUAAGCCUGAAAAUAAAGUCUGGGUUGGAUGUUCUGAAUCUGACAUGUACCUUUAGUCUGCAAGUUGACAAAUAACUACUGAAUAAUUUUACAUAAAAUUGGAUGCUGAGACAACCUCAGUUCUUGAGUAGCUUGACAAAAUAACAGAAAUGAUCAAGGGCAUGCAUCAGUAGCAACAGCUUAACAAAACAAAUUUAAAAGCUGAUUUUGCAUGGAAGCCACAGUGUCCCCAAAUCUGUUGCUCAUCUCUAUACUAGGAUGCUGUUAAACACUUGUUUGUCCCUAGAGCCUUAGCUACUGUAAUAACACCUCAUGAAACUAAUGAAUAUAGCUAUUCUACAUAUUUUGCUUUAAAACUAAGCAAAAUAUGUAAAUUAACUAUAUUCAUUAGUUUCAUAAUGAAGCUUCUGUCAAGUAUGCCAUAUUAGACAGCAUUUUUAAAUGCAUACUAUAAAAUUGACUUUCCCUUUUUUCCUAUCUAAGUUCCUGAGCCUUACUGAAGAAGAUCUGAAUAAAUUUGAAUCCCUUACAAUGGGUGCAAAGAAGAAGCUCAAGACCCAGCUGGAGUUGGAAAAGUAGGUAUUAAAGAAAACUGGCUUCUUCCAUGUUAUUUCAGGAUCUUUUCCUCCUAAUUUUUCCAGUAAAAAUGCUUGCUGUGGACUUUGCCUAAGGAAAACCCAGAGGUAGAACUGGGUUAAUUCAGCACUAGUUGAAUUAAAACUUUCUUGCAUUUAUACCCCAUGCAUGUGUCUAGAACGAUAAAUCUAAAAAUACCAGUAGCAUAUAUGCAGCUAAUUUUUACUCAAGGGAGACCCAUUGAAAUUAAUAGAAUAGAACCUCUUUAGUGGGCUUACUCUAAGUUAGUUGGAUACCACAUAUACUUUAAAUUAGAGAACCAAUUCAGAUUUAAAUCCAAGUUUAUUUUAAUAAAUUGCUUCCCACACUUCCCUUUUCAUUCCAGGGAAAAGUCUGAGAAACGGACCCUCAAUCCAGCUACAUCUCCUUCCUUGAGCACUGGGGUGGCCAGAGUUCCUCCUACCACUCAUAUUGGUCCUAUCCAAAGCAUUCGUGGUAACCAUACAGCAGGUAAACAGGCUAUGAGGUUUGAAUAUGUAUAUUUCCUACACAGGGAAGAUUGGCGCUUGUCUAAUUCUUGUAACAUACUGGAUAGCAAUGUAGUUCAGGAUAGUCAUACUUAGAAGGGUAGACCCAUUGAAUUAAUAGACUCAAGUUAAUUACUUUCCAUGGAUCUAUUUUUGAGCCUGGCUAACAAUGGCUAUCAGCCAAAUGUACUUGGGAGUCGCAACAGAUUUUGUCUGUCUAAAGAUGACUUAACAGUACCAUUCACAUUACUUGAUUUUUCUUCUUCUCUUCCCUGCCCCCACAAGAGUUACGUGUCGAUGUUGAUCAGCCAACCCUCUCAACCCCCCGCGAAGGAAGCUCUUCAGAAUACUCCAGCUCCUCUUCUAGCCCCAUGGGAAUCCAUACCCGGGAGGAGAGCUCAGACAGUGCUGAGGAGAAUGAGAGACGUAAGGAAAGCUGUCUCGUUGUGUUGCAGCAUCUAACGCAUUUAGGUGACUGGUCGUACCUGACAUCUGUCUAUCUUGUAGGUUUAGAGGUCCACUUGGAAGCCUCAGAAAAGGAGAAGCCAGUAAUGUUAUUGAAUCACUUCAACUCCAGCUCAGCCAGGCCCACUGCUCAGGUUUUACCAGUGCAGAAUGAUGCCGUGUCCAGUCCAUCCGGUCACCACACCUUGCCAGUACAGAUGAUAGCUGCAGGCUCCCCUCACAUCACUCCAAUUAGAAUACUGAACUCUAUGCACAAAUCAGAGCGAGGGAAUACAGACAUGAAGCUCCUUUCGUCAUCUAUGCACUCGCUUUUGUCUUUAGAAGACAGGACAAAAUUCUCACCUGGCACACCUCGAAGUGGCAUCAAGAUGGAGAAGAGCUUUGGAAGUACUGUUGUGGAUGGGAUGCCAGCCUCUCCCCAUCAGCCCAUGCAAGUGCUCUCUGGAGUUUCUGAAAAUGGCUCCUCUACACCUUCAAUUAACUUUGGUCCAAGGACCAAAAUGGUACAUGCUUCCACUCUAGACAGAGUGGUGAAAACAACCCAGCAGCCGGGAAUAAUAGUGGAAACAAGCACCACAGCCACUGUAACUUCCAGCACCGUCUUCCAUGUGGCACGACCCCCCAUAAAACUCCUGGUAUCCUCUUCGGUUCCUACUGAUUCAACCAUUGUGGGGCAGUCUUCCUGCUCCAGUAAUAUGCAAUUCAGUGUGUCCCCAGCAAUAAUAAACCCCCGGACUGCUCUCUAUACAGCCAAUACCAAAGUGGCCUUUUCUGCCCUGAGCAGUAUGCCAGUAGCCCCAAUGCCCAGCAGCAGCUUCUGUGCAAAUAGCAACACUGCCUCUUCUAGCAGUCACCCCUCCACAUCCUUUGCAAAUAUGGCAAACCUACCCAGUUGUCCUGCUCCCAGCUCCAGCCCCACACUUUCAUCAGCUGCCGAGAACAAUUUCUACAACAGCAGUAGUAGUGGCUCAGGAGGAAGUAUCCCAGUACCAAAUCAGAAUCACCACCAUCACCACCACCAUCAGCAGCAGCCUCCUGGAUGCAUGGUGUGCAGUUCCUGUGGCUGUAGUGGGAACUGUGGUUCAAGCGGCAUGACUGUCAGUUAUGCUAAUUACUUCCAGCACCCCUUUUCCGGACCGUCAGUGUUUACUUUCCCAUUUCUGCCCUUCAAUCCACUGUGCAGCAGUGGCUACAUCAACACACAGCAGUACAACAGCAGCUCGGCGUUCCCUAUGGUUCACUCUCCUUACAACAGUGGCAUAACACCAGACUCUGUCAUGAGUGGGCAGUCUACGUUUGCAGUGCCACCAAUGCAAAGCUUUAUGGCAAGUACAGCAGGGGUGUACCAAGCACAGGGGAUGAUGAGCAACAACAGUGGUACAGGCCAUAAAAAGAAUGGGAAUCUGUCCUGUUACAAUUGUGGAGCCAGUGGUCACCGAGCUCAAGACUGCAAGCAGCCACCAAUGGAUUUCAAUCGACAAGGUUAGGAACAUUAUUGGCUUGCCAGAAGUGCAGUUGGUAGAUUGCUCAGAAUACAGGUUUGGCUGCUUGGGGAAAGGGGGUGGUAGAUAAAGGAAAAUCUGAAAAUGGUCAGUAAUUUAAAGUGAUGGCAAGUCUGAGCAUGUACAAGUGGAAUCCACUGUAGGUCUCACACUUUGCCAAUAGUUUGUACUCUUGUGGAUGAGCAGUAGCCCUCUGAAGCAAACCUGAGAGAACCAAAGUACAGGAGUGGUAAAAUGUUGCUCUGCCAUGAGCAUGCAGAGCCAAGAUAGUUUUGUGGGGUAAUAAGGGGUUGGUUUCUUGUGGUAAUAAGCUUUGAGAUUGCUCACGCUCAAAACUGGUAUCCAUGGUGCUCUUGCCUUAUUUCACAUCUACUGCUAAUAUGUUCAUUCCUUAUCUAUGAACAGCAUGGUGCUCAACUGUGUGAUGUGUCAUUGCUUGUGAAAUGUAGACUUCACAAAAGUCUUACACUUGCUGACUUGUAUUUCUCUUCUCCAUGCAGGUACAUUUCGGUUAAAAUAUGCUCCACCAGCUGAAAGUUUAGAUUCCACAGAUUGACAGUAACUCCAUGGACUUCAUUUUUUUGUGUUGGCAAAAGCCCAUGGAGUAAUUACAGAAUUUCAAAUUGGAAUCUGAGAAGUCCACUUGUUGAGCUUAUUAACAUUAUUUUUUUAAUCCAAAGGUGCUCUACUUCACUACACUAGGAAGAAACUGAAGCUUAGGGGUUCAUCAAACCCAUUUUUACUGAUUUGCCAAAAUUAUAACAUGGAUCUUAAAUGUUGGACCUUCCAGAUGGGAGGUGAAACUGGCCAACUACCCUUUUUUGUUGUAAACAAACUCCUGCACUUUUGCUGAAGAAUGUUGCCAUACUUUGAUCUUCUGUGCUGGAAACUCGAACUCCCGGGCAGCUAUGUUGUAAUCUGGAGUGAGAGCUAGAGGUUGACGGUACAGUAGCCAUUUGCCUGCUGGACUCUGACAUUUGAGGCUAGGUAAACAUGUCUACUUUUUCUCAAAAACUAAUCAGGCACUACACUCUGGGAUUUUAAAGGAUUGCACUACAGAAGAAUGUAUAAUUCUAUCUGCACUUUUAGCAGACUGAGAUCAGUGCGAGAGACGUUCCAAUGGUUGGAAAUAGGCACCAGCAGGCUAUGUGAACUUCUAAUAAAGAAAUCUUAACCCUCCCUCUCUUCCAAAAGAACAAAGGUAGACGUUUCAGUUCAUUCUAGAAAUGGUUAUGCUAUGCUUGUCGGCAUUUAUUUGUCAGUCAUGGAUUAAACUUACGUUUCCAAGGGUCUAGUGCCAGAGACUGAGCUCAAACAGGUCUUUAAAAAAAUACUUUUCCUCUACAACUUUCAAAUCUUACCAUAUAUUAGUUUCUGCCACAGGAAACAGUACUCUACCUUUGAAACAGAGUUUUAAAACACAGACUCCUGCAGCAGAGUUUGCAAAUUGUUGCUUUACUUUGCGUAGCAAAAGUCUUUCUACAAGGGCUCUUGCUUACAGGAUAUAGAAGUCACAAAGUAAGAAACAGCUGUAAUAUCUUAACCACAACUCGGGUUUGUAGUCUGCCUCCUUUAUUUGAAAUAUGUAGAGUAUUGGCUUUGAUGUUAACUAGUUAGAAUUCUUUUCCACUAAAGCCAGCAAAGCUCAGAACUGAAACAUUGUAGACCUACCUGGUCAAAAGGAGGCAUACCUUUUUGUAUUCAUGCUGAAUUGGUUGUAGCUAUCUUCUUUCAUUGAUAGGGCUGAAGUUUAAACUGCCCCACAUAGGACAUUUUAGUGGCUGUGCACAAUAUGUUACUAUGGAGGUGGCAAAUGAGUAUUUCUGCUUGAAAGUAUUGUAUGGUUGAAGGUGCAGGGAGGUGGGGUUGGCUGUAUCACUGCACUGCAUAUCCAUGAGGUAGUAAAACAGUGGAUCUUGUGGAAAUAAUGGUAGGAUUGACAGAAAACCAGGUACUCCACUAUUGUUUUCUAUAUCAUCAGAGAUAAGCUCUAUUAUCCUUACCUGUUGCCUUUAAAAACAAACUGGUGUAUUCUCUUGGGUGUAGGCAUUCAGUGGGUUUUGCAUAUUCAACUCUGGGAGAAGCUUAGCAUGAGCUUCCUGUCAUUUCUCAGCUUCAUAGAGACCAAGUCCAAAGUUGUAAAAACACAUGGUUUGUAGCAGCCCUACAUCCAACUUCAGUUAUUUCUAUGCAAUGAAGUGCUAGACUUUCAUAUCCUCAGUUUGGCUUUACCAAAACAGUAUUACAUAUAGGGUUAGAUCCAGCCCACAAUAUUUAAUUAUGCGUGUAAUGACUGAACUUCUGAGACGGCUAAUAGAGGUGGAUACCAUUAGGAAACUUGUAAAACUACCAGAGGUAAUGAGAACUGACAGAGCAAUUUACUUUGCCUUAAUGACCCUGAUUGACAUCAGCAGAAACAUGCCACUCUGUACUAAAUCUGUCAGUUAUUGUUUACUCUUAAAAGUUGGGAGCCUUUCCAUUGGCCCAAAAUGUGCCAAAAGCCAAAUGUAUCAGUUCUUAAACAGAAAUAACCCAACACCAUACAAACUUUCCAGGAUCAACAGAAAGCCUUUAUCAGGCAUUUAAAUUGGAAAGUUUCUAGAAACAUGGCCCCAUGAGCGGUAUGAUGUUCAGAAAUAUAGUUUCCAUUCAUAUAAAAAGAAAGCUGUCUCAGCUAGCUGUUGGGCUGUCAAACAAAACUUUUUAACUUAACUAGUGGACAAGUGGAAUUACCAGGGGAAAGCUUUGGAGAGCCAAUUGCCUUGUUCGUUUCUAAAGGUAAACUGAGACAUACAAAGGCAAGCCUACAUAGUGACUUAAUUUUAUUAAAGCUGUUCUCUACUAUUUCAUCCACAAAGUGGCUGCCAAUGUUUCAUACAGGCAGAGGACUUUGAAGCAAGACUCAAGUGCAAGAGGAAUGGACACUAGCUGCAUAGAUCAUAGUUUGGCUGAAACUUUACACCAGAGAAUGUAACUUGCGUCAUGAAGAGAGCAUAAAACAGAACCAUCAAAAGCCCUUGUCUGUAUGAAACAAACUAUGUACUAAAAACUGGCAUGGCAAACUGCUGGAGAAUUGCUAUUUGCAAAUAACUAAGGUUUCAACUCGGCAUGACUUAAUGGGAAAUUUCUCGAGCAGUAUGCGGGUCCAUGCCUGAACAAAGAAGGGUCUUUCUUAAUUAUGUCAAACCCUUUUUUUCAUGCCAGCCUAGAAUUCUGUUAGAGACACCCAGAUAAAAGGCAAGUUAUUCAAUGGGUACAAUACCAUUUUAUGGGAAAAGCCCUAAACUGAGGCCAACUUAAUUAUUUUAAGGUGGGAGGGAAGGGUGGGUAUUUUGUUUUGCUUCUGAAUAGACACUUAAGCUGCUUUACUUAGAUAUGGCCAAAGGCAGAAUUAAAAUAGUAAUUCAGAAAGCAACAAAUAUUCAAACAAUUUUUACUCUUCCAACUACCUUUGGAACUAUUUCUGCAUACUAACAUAUUAUAAACAUAGGAAGAGCCUAUGUCUUGCAGCACAGGUUAACAUCUUUCUUUUCAGAAAUAACUUUCCAUUAGGAAUGAAGGAAACACCUCUGCCCAUUUCGAGCCAUUUCUUUUACAUUAUAUUACAAAUGUGCAUGUAACUUUAUAUAAAUAUUAAAAGUUUUGUAAAUAUUUAAUAUCCACCUAAUUUGAUUUUGAAUUGUAAAUGUCAAGUAUUCUGGUAUUUGAAUUUUUAUGUUUUAUUAUACUUUGUUAAAGGUAAAAUUGUACAUUUUUAGAAUGUUUUUAUCUGAGUAAAUUUAAUGUACUGAACAAAAAUUAAAGACUAUAGUAGUGUCUUUUCAGACAUCCUCACUUUUAAUAUUUUUUUUUCCAUUUUCAGUGGGAGGCUAAAGAAAACUUACUGCAAGCGCAGCAGGUUCAACCAAAGGCUAACAUAAACAUGCAUUGUCUCAAAUGUGGCAGCUGUAGACAGGUACUGCAGAGCUAUCCAACAGCAUUAUCUGCAAGUUGUCCAUUUUAGGUAGGUGCUCUGAAGGGUACAGAAAAGCCACACUGCAGCCUGGGAUAUCAGUUUCUUCCGUCAGGAGCUUUUCCAUGUUCUCAUACAGGUACUUAAUUCUCAGUUUCAUUUGGAAUCCAGUAUCUUGCCCACACUCAGAACGCAGGCAGUGUUGUUUUUCAUAGCUCAAGCAUCCUCACAAGUGUCAUUAGUAUGGCCACAGAAUCUCCUACUUUUGUGACAAUGUUCUAUUCUGCAACAGUAAAGGAAUCUGAGCCAAAGUUGUAGGAGGCUGAAGGCUUUUGUUCAAUUCUGUCUACUGCUCUUCAUAUACAGCAUUAAGAUCGUUUUAAAAUGGACUUGUAUAUAAGCUUAACUUCUAAUCAAGUUGAGAUGGAAUCAUC